CGGCCGCGAUAACGCGGAUGUGGCUGGUCGGCUAGCGCGGCACAGCCAGUGCCACUGCGGGCCUGCUGUCCUGUCCUGUCCCGCCAUGGACUCGUACCAGCUGGAGCGCAGGCUGCGCCGGCCCGUCGUCCUCGCCUACAAGAAGCGGGGAGACAGGGACUACAUCGGCUUCGCGACUCUGCCGGAGCAGGUGCACCGCAAGUCGGUGAAGCGCGGCUUCGAGUUCACCCUGAUGGUGGUGGGCGAGUCGGGACUCGGCAAGUCCACGCUCGUCAAUAGCCUCUUCUUGUCCGACCUAUACAAGGACCGGCGCGUGCCCGAUGCCAACGAACGCAUUGAGAAGACAACUAGCAUUGAGAAGAAGACGAUGGACAUUGAGGAGCGAGGUGUGCGGUUACGACUGACUGUUGUUGACACGCCAGGAUUUGGAGAUGCAGUGAACUGUGAAGACAGCUGGCGUGCAUGCUGCAACUAUGUGGAUGAACAGUUCCAACAAUACUUCAGGGAUGAAAGUGGUUUGAACAGGAAAAACAUACAAGACAACAGGGUUCACUGUUGUCUCUACUUUGUACCACCUUAUGGCCACGGCCUGCGGCAGCUGGAUCUGGAGUUUCUGAGGAGACUUCACAGAAAAGUGAAUAUUGUGCCUGUUAUUGCCAAAGCUGACACUCUUACUGCAAAUGAGGUUCGCAGGCUCAAGGAGAGGGUAAUGGCCGAUAUUGAGGACAACAAAAUACAGAUUUAUCAGUUUCCUGAUUGUGACACUGAUGAAGAUGAAGAUUUUAAGCAACAGGAUAGAGAACUGAAAGCCUGUGUUCCAUUUGCUGUAGUUGGAAGCAACACUGUGCUAGAAGUAGCAGGAAAGAGGGUCCGGGGAAGACAAUAUCCCUGGGGUGUGGUGGAAGUUGAAAAUCCAAAACAUAGUGACUUCAUUAAACUACGAACAAUGCUUAUUUCUACCCACAUGCAGGAUCUGAAAGAUGUGACACAAGAUGUUCACUAUGAGAACUUUCGUGCACAAUGCAUUUCUCAGAUAUCGCAGCAGGCAAUCAGAGAGCGGAGCAAACUGAAGAGAGAUUCUGGUCCCGCAUAUGAACCGGUAACCAUCAGCGACACUGAUCGUCUCCUUUUACAAAAGGAUGAAGAGAUUCGGCGCAUGCAGGACAUGCUAACACAAAUGCAAGAGAGGCUAAAGGCCACAGGUGCAAGCCCGAUGUUUCGUCAAAUGAGUCCAGGUCGGCAGUCGUCUCAAGAACCACAAGACAGUGUUGUUAAUGUCUGAAACUGAAGAUGAUAAUUUGUGUAUUUAAAUAAUCAAAUAUUUUGUGUUGAAGAUUUUGUAUGUAGAAUUGUUCGACUGUUUUAUAUGUAUACAUGUCAGCUUUGAAUGGAUUGUACUCAGUUGUUAUGUAAAGAAAUAUUUAUAAUUUUUUAUUUCCUUUUAUGUUACUUGUAAUAAGAGGCUAUCAGUUGACCAAUUGCCAAUGGAUGAGAAGAGUAUAGUUAGUUAAUUCAAAUAGCAAGUAUACAUAUUGUGUCAGUGUUCUUUGACUGGAAGUGGUACACAGCAAGCAGAGACCUCAAAUAACUGAAAAUCUAUAAUACGAUGAAACGUCCUGUCUUCCUCCUCCCUUUUCACCUUUCACUUCAUUUUUAAUUAAUGUUAUAAUCUUUAAAAUGGCACACUGAAAGAUUUGUUGGGAUAAAACAUUGCGACUUGUAAAUAGGAAAGGAAACUGUUGCGACUUGUAAACAGGAAAGGAAAGUGUUCAGUCAAAUGCAGAAAAGCUCAAUUUAACAAUAGAAUAAUACAGAUCACAAAUAUCUCUCCUUCAGUUAGCAAAUACUCUCUCUCUUAAACAAGACAGAAAGUAUAUAUUUCAACUUUCAGAAAUUGCCUACAAGAUCAAAUACAUCCCCACCUCCCUCAGUGUGUGCACGCACGCAUGCACUUGAAAACUGCCUGUGCACAAUCCUGUGGAAAGUGCUGUGAUAAGACUCUCGGCAGUCUUAUUUAAGAAAGCUUCGAUGGAGGAAGCUUUAUUUUGCAUUUUAUCCAGUCUCAUAUUCCAAUUUUUUCUCAUUCAGCUUAUGUAAUGAAGAUUGUAUUUAUAUGGAAACAAGCCCUGUUGUCGAUGAAAAAAACGAGAACAACAACGAAGUAUUUCCUUUUUUGGUGAUUAUAUCAUGUUAAGCCAAGCACUAGUAAAGUUCAGUUAAUUUAAGAAAAGACAAAAGUUUCUGAAUAUUUUUUGCCGCUUCCAUUAGACUGACUUUCUUAUGAUCUCAGGAUCAGAGAUAAGGCCUAUAAGUAAGAACAUUAUAUUUCUUAAAGUUGAAAGUUCGUUGAUCAGCGGAUUAUCUGAUAAAAAUCUGUCAAAAUAACUGUUCCAUGUUGUUUGUAUUUUGUUUUCAUUUGCAUGCUCUAAGCUUCUCUUGUUAGCAGCACAUCAUCAAUAUUCAAGAAUCUGAAUCUCAACUAUUCCACCACAGUUAAUGCUCACCUGCAACCAGCUUGUCUCAGUUUGGAUUUUGGUGAACCUUUCUUUCCACAAAUUUCAUUCGUUCUUCUCCUUGAAUUUCAGAAUAAAAUCCAGUUGUUAGUUGUGCAACGGACAACUGGAUUUUAUUUUGAAAUAUAAACCAUAGUUGCUGAGAAAAUAAGUCAUGAAUGAAACAUAUUUCAUUUUUUUUCUUUCCUCUGCUCUCUCUCUUUCUUUCUUCUCUUGCUUUUCACUGUUUUCAUGACACAACUAAAUGACUUACAGUGUGUUGAUUAAUUAUGCUCAAAGUUGUUCUUGUUUGAUAUUACCCUCCUGUGUCAAAUACCGUUACUUUCACACUGUGCAUAUUUACUUAUGGAACUUUUAGAGAUAAUGCUUGUUUUGAUGGUGGUGUGAUUUAUAUUUAUUAAAAAGGUAUGUGCUCCCAAUCCCAUCAAGAGGGACAAUCCUCAGUGACACAGAAUGAGAUAAAAUUCUACAUUGCCACAGGGAUGUAGCUCUGAACUAAUAAUUCUGUAGUAUACACUAACUGUAACUUAAAAGCAACAUAUUACGGUAGCUACCAUAGGAACUUGCUGCAUCCUACUCAGAACUUAAAAUGGUACAAAUUACUGGUUUAUGCAAUUAAGAGACAUGAAUGGUUUCCUAAUUAUGCAGUCCAGCUUAUGUUUAUCAGCAGCUACCUAAUUACAGUACAAAAGAAUAAUGUAGAAUACUUAACAAUGUCACACCAUAUCUAGGAGUAUGACAAUAAAAAAGAAAGAAGGUGUGAGGAAGGAAGCACGAAUACGACAAAAAAGAGAAGUGGCAAGAUUUCAUUUCAAAAAUAAUUCCAAGAAAUGAACCGUGAUUCAAACAGAGGCUGACGAAGGAAAGAAGGGCAUUACAUAAUAUUAGUAAGCACUAUGAAGUAUGAAAAUGAGAUUUUUAACAGCAAAAUGAUGUGUAUUUUAUACUGAUUUCACUUAGGAGAGUACUUACAAACAAACAAACAAAAACAAAAGUAAGUGAUGAAUAGCUGAUAUGAAAAUGCAAGAAUGAGGUAUCACCACCAGGAAUAAUGAGUUCUUGUACCUACUCCUGAUUAUAGCAAAGUUUUCACUACAAUCUUCCUCAAUAUGCUGCAGUCAUUUAAUGAUAGUACAAAUCAUGAUCACAGUAAGUUUUGGCCUUUAAGCUGUUCUUCUUUUCCUCUUGAUUAAGAAACCUAUUGUUCUGAAAACUAAUGCUGUGUUCCACUUAAAGAGUUCCUGCUGUCAAUCCUGGGGUUCUGUCUCGUGAAGGUAAGUAGGGGGUCAGCCUUUUUGUCCAUUUGUGGUUUCAGUAAUUUAAUGAAUUAAAUUCCCCCUUUGACACAUAUAACCUCAAUGAACACUAUAUUUAUUUGCCCUUUGAAUCUACAAUAGCAUUGUAUACUAUAGACAUUGGAUUAUUCAUGAUACUGUGUUAAUGUACUGGAUUGAUGUAAGAAUUUCCUUCAAUAAUUACUUCAGCCAAACUUCUGGUGUAAAUCUAAACCAAAUAUAAAACUUAGCUUAUAUAUCUGAAAAUACAGAUUUAUAAACUGGACCUGAAUGCACUACUUUAUAAGUAGGAAUAUUCUGUCACUGAGCAAGACAUUACUACUUUUUUUCCUUUUUUCCCCCUGUUUUGUUUUUAAAGAGCUUUAAAUCUUUGAUUGCAUUUAUAGACUUUGGAAUACUGUUAAGAAGUUUUAAGCCCAUGUGAAAUCUCUUCUGGAAGAACUCAGUAUUAGUGUGGGUCACAUGAAACUUUUUGUUAAAUCACGUAUUAUGUUUGUGAAUACCAGUUUCUUUGCAGCCUUUGUUAUCUUUCUCUGUUACACUUAUUUUAAGUAGCAUAAAUGUUUACCUAAGGUAUGUACAUGAUAGGGAGCAUAUAUUAUAUGCUGCGAGGGCAGGUUCACUUGAACCUCUUAUUUUACUUCAGCUCAUUACUUAAGGGGCUCUGUUUUAGAUUUUGAGUGAAACCAAAGAAUUUCUUCAGAAUAUAAUUUCAUAAUUUAAAUGAGACUCAAUAUGAACAUAGUAAGUACUGUACUAAUAACUGUGAUGAUAGUGGUAAGGGAUUCAAAGCUCUUGAGAUGCAACCCUCUAGAUGCAGUCCUAUAACAUAACCAAGCUUCUGACUAUGCCGUAUUUGAUUAUACCUUCAUCUAAUAGUAUACAGAUUGCUACUUAGUAUCUCACAAACACCAACUGAUUUUUGAUUGCUGAAGAAUGAGUUGAUCCACUUGUUAAUAAGUCCCUGCAUACUAUAACAUUUUAACUUAGUAUUCUGUUUUCACCAACCACAUCACAUCAAAAGCUUUACACAAAUCUAAAAAAUAACCCAGCUGUUCACUGUUUAUGGUCCAUCAGACUUAAUAUGCAGUUGAUGCAAUCGUGUGUUUUCUGUAUUGAUUUUGCCUUCUGAAUCCACAUUGCGAUCUUUGAUAUAUAUAAUUUUUAAUCCGUAAAAGAUAUGACAUCCAUGUACAUAAUCCUCUUUAAAUAUGUAAGAGGAAAUACCAAUCAGCCCAUAAGUUAUUCACACUAUGGUUUCUCACUAUUCUUAUACACAGCCUUUACUUUUGAUGUUUUCAGUUACUCUAAAAAAUGGCCUGUUUAUAAAGAAUAAUUACAUACAUGUGCUCUUGAGUUAUGCUUUGGACACACAUGUCCAAAAUUACUGAAGAGGUGACAUCAAUAUCAGCUUAAUUUGUCUUCUAGUUCUCUUACAUAUUUCACAACUUCAUCAUUAAUAACAAAGCUAAAAAACAUAGUUCUGUUCAACUUUAUACUUGGUAGAUGCAAGUUUCAUCAUUAAAUUUAUGUUUAGCAUAUUGUCUAUAAUGCCAAUAAAGUAGUUUUCAAACAGGCCACUGUUUAAGGAUUGCUUACCAUUUUAUUGUUUUGUGUUAACGGAAUAUUUGUACAAAUGUUGCUAUCUUCAACUGUUACACUUUCUCCAAGAUUCUACUUUACCUAGUUUUUAUGUAACUACCAUUGUGAAUUGAUUUAGUAAACUGUAUUGCAGAAUUCAUUGUCUAGGUUACUGGAAGCAAGUAAUUAUGGUGCUGCAUUGUUGUGAAAAAGUCUAUUUCUCCGAAAGGAGGUUAUAUUGGUAACGUCGUCCAGUUAGUAAUAUUAGUAUUGCUUGUUAUAUUUAGCUUUCGUGGGAAACUUUAUUUUGAAUUAAAAUAAUGAAUUCUAUGCAGCAGCUAAUUUUUUCAGUCACAUAAUUUGUUUCAGAGAUACUUCUCUGUUUUAUAAAGCAGUAGACUAAAAAAUAACAUGUGGGGAAAUACUGAGUAAACUAUUUUUUUACUAGAACAUUAAAAAAACAACUUGUGUUAUUCAGAAAUCAUAUGUUUUCAUAGAAAUAAGUUUUAUUAGUUAUAACUCAUGCUUUCACACUGAAACAUGACAUAAAACAAAAUUACUUAUUCUUUAAUUUUCUGCCUUCUGAAGGACUUUUAUUUUAAUUGAAUGUAAACAAUUUUAAUGCACUGCCAAAAUAUAGGUUAAUGUACUAUAUUUUCCAAAUAAAUGCACCUUCAUAUGAAUGUACAGAAUAACUACUUGGCACACAAUGUUGCAGCUACCAAGUCAGCAGUCACAAUUAGUUGUAAGUGUUUGAAGUGAAGGUUGUGGCAAUGGGUACCACUUUAUUUAAAGUAAAGUGACUGACUUUUACUAGUAGAUCUCUUAUUGUAAAGUCUCUUGGGUUAAAUUUCCAGUCUCAUAAUACGUUACUUUAUACAGGUUUUGUAGAGUCAACAGAAAGUUA